AUGCCCAGCGUUGAAAACUCCCCUCAAAAUGAAUCGAGGCUUCUCCUCGUCUCGAACCGAUUGCCAAUCACGAUAAAACGCUCAGAGGAUGGCAAAUAUGACUUCUCCAUGUCCUCUGGCGGCUUGGUUAGCGGUCUGAGCGGUUUAUCGAAAACCACGACUUUCCAAUGGUACGGCUGGCCCGGCUUGGAAGUCCCGGAAGAAGAGAUACCUAUUGUGAAAGAACGGUUAAAGGAUGAGUACGGUGCUAUUCCAGUGUUCAUUGACGAUGAACUUGCAGACCGACACUACAACGGUUUCUCCAAUUCUAUUCUUUGGCCACUUUUCCAUUACCACCCCGGUGAAAUCACAUUCGACGAGUCCGCAUGGGAUGCAUACAAGGAUGCGAACCGCCUCUUCGCACAGGCUGUUGCAAGUGAAGUGCAAGAUGGCGACUUGAUCUGGGUUCACGACUACCAUUUGAUGCUCCUUCCAGAGAUGCUACGAGAGGAGAUCGGGGAUACCAAGAAAAACAUCAAGAUCGGAUUCUUCCUUCAUACCCCGUUUCCUAGCAGUGAGAUUUACCGGAUUCUUCCUGUACGAAACGAACUGUUACUAGGACUCCUACACUGCGAUCUCAUCGGUUUCCACACUUAUGAUUACACAAGACACUUCCUGAGCGCUUGCUCGCGGUUAUUGGGACUACCAACUACUCCCAAUGGAAUAGAGUUCCAAGGCAGGAUAGUUGCUUGUGGAGCUUUCCCCAUUGGUAUUGAUCCGGACAAGUUCAAGGAGGGGUUGAAGAAAGAAAAGGUCCAGAAGCGGAUUGCAACGCUGGAGCAGAAAUUCCAGGGUGUGAAGCUUAUGGUGGGUGUUGAUCGGCUGGAUUAUAUUAAGGGUGUCCCUCAAAAGCUGCACGCCCUCGAAGUAUUCCUCAGUGACCAUCCGGAAUGGGUGGGAAAGGUGGUCCUGGUUCAAGUAGCUGUUCCCAGUCGGCAAGAUGUGGAGGAGUACCAAAAUCUGAGGGCUGUUGUGAACGAACUCGUCGGCAGGAUCAACGGGAAAUUCGGCACUGUUGAAUUUAUGCCGAUCCACUUCCUCCACAAGUCGGUCAAUUUUGAUGAAUUGAUCGCCUUGUACGCUGUGUCCGAUGCUUGCAUCGUCUCCUCCACUCGAGAUGGUAUGAAUCUCGUCUCAUACGAGUAUAUUGCCACCCAGGAAAAGCGGCACGGAUCGAUGGUUCUGUCUGAGUUUGCCGGCGCUGCCCAGAGUCUUAAUGGCAGUAUAAUUGUCAACCCCUGGAACACCGAAGAGCUUGCAGCGGCAUAUCACGAAGCGGUUACAAUGAGCGAUGAGCAGAAAGCACUGAACUUUUCAAAGCUGGACAAAUACGUCAGCAAAUAUACAAGUGCCUUCUGGGGCCAAUCCUUUGUUACCGAGCUGAAGAGAAUCUCGGCGCAAACAGCAGAGAAAUUCCCCACCAAGGAGACGCCUCUGAACGGUGGCGUAUCUACAGACCAGGAAACUACGUCACAGUAG